UACGUAGUUGGCGGCCUCUUUGUCAGAUGUCACGCCUGAUAAUCACAUUCAAUAGCCACGGAUGACACUCGACGACGAAAACAUCGGACGACGCGAAGGUUCAGGAAUGAUUGCAGUUGAGAGUGCAUGCACACUCUUCAAGCCUUCUUUCACCUAUAUCUAAGUCUUUCCUACGAACCGUAUGAAGCAAUGGGCAAGAGGUAUUACUGCGACUAUUGUGACAGAUCCUUCAAAGACGACGUCGAAGCCCGUAGGAAACAUCUGUCCAGUCUGCAGCACAUGAAAAAUCGAGCUGAUCAUUACUGCGUUUUUAAAGAUCCAGAGACAAUAUUGAGGGAGGAAUAUCAAAAGACCCCGUGUAAACGCUACAUGACCGUCAGGGACUGCGCUUUUGGUCUCGGUUGUCGAUUUUCGCAUUAUACGCCGCAAAUGAUUUGGGAGUUGGAACGACUUGUCGCAAUGAAAAAGUCCAGAGACUCGACGUCAUCCAAGAAUAGUAAUUGGCCAAAUUCGGAAGAUAUCAUCAAGGAAUAUUUGGAGAACGUGACCGACUCGAAUGACAGCGAGGAAUUCAAUUAUCCGGUUUGGAGCGCACCGUCGCAAUUGGCCGAUUUGCCAGCCAAUUUACCAGCGUCUUUGUGGCCCGCUACUCACGAGGGCUUAGUCAACAGUAAUUUCAGCAAAUGGGGUUAAACAAUGUACGAAUUAUUUAUUUCUAUAAAAGUUGUAUUUCGUUGGUAUA